GCAGCACUAUGACGACAUACCUACUUCUUGUAGGCAGUUAUCUCCGGAACUAUGGGAGCCGGCAUACGUCGUGCUUCCCAGUUACCCGUCUAUGGACUGUCAUGAUGAUGGCACUGCAGCAACAUCAGCAUUGCUGAUUGGGCACGGUGACGCGGAUUGCAGACCAGAAGGAGGAACCCCGCACUUGUUGUGUGGUAACACCAGAUCAAAGGUGCUUACGAAGUAUAUUAUGUAGUGAAGGUUUGUUUUUAACUUAACGUUACCUCCAUGCAGAGUAAGUUGAGCAGGGUGACCCAAAUAUUUCGAACCAUGCCGACUUCUGAACCUGAGCAUCCUCGAAAUGGCCAUGUCUACUAUGAUGCCACCUGAUGACCUCGGGGACGACGGUGAAUUAGAUGCCAACAUCGUCGCAGGUAAUAUUGGAUGCCCUCAUGAGGCACAGGUUUUUGACAUUUACUAAUAUACAUCAGCAUUGCCGACUAGCAGCGCAACCCACUUCGUCACCCCAUCGGGCGAGAGUCUUUGGGUACAGACGGUGAAGAUCGAGGCCAGGGAUGGGGAAAACGAGACUGGCGCGUUCUUCAAGAAGGUACACCCCAGUUGAUAUUGCUGGGCACUCGCAAGACCAGUUGACUGGCAUUGCUGACGUUGUUUUAGAGCGCUCCCGGAGACACCGGUUACGGCAUGAUGAAGGGAGCCUUCGAGGCUGAAAAUGCCCUCUACGACGUCAUACCCGAGUACGUCCCUCGCCCGGUCAGCUAUGGGACCUACAUGACCCAUCCUGAUCUGCAUUUCUAUAUAUGUGACUUCGUCGAUUUGGUCGAUGAAGUCCCCAGUCCUGCCGUAUGGGCUGAAGCAGCUGCAACAUUGCACAAGCGCAGCAGGUGGCCUACCGGACAGUUCGGUUUUCACUGCCCUGGCCACGUGGCCAACGUGUUAAUCGAUAAUAUUUGGGAUUCAUCCUGGGAAUCUGUCUGGACUCAUCAAAUGAGAUCAUUACUGCGUCAGGACGAAGCAAUACAUGGUGUAGAUGAAAAAUACUCUGAGCUACAGGCCACUUUUUUCGACGUUGUGAUCCCUACAUACCUAAGGCCGUUGGAAUCAAACGGUCGGUCAAUAACACCAUGUCUAGUUCAUUCAAACCUGUGGCCCGGUAAUAUCAAGCCGCGGGCAGACUCCAACACAGUUUGCAUGUUCGAUUCGUGUGCUUGCUGGGGACAUCAUGAAGCUGAGCUGGCUGUUUGCCGGAACCCACGAUAUCGUCUUGGUAAAACGUAUAUAGAAGAGUACCUGAAGCACAUGCCGAUUUCAGAACCGGUAGAGGAUUUUGAUACGCGCAAUGCUAUAUACGCGAUGAAGUAUCACAUAGUACUAUCAAUAGCGCAUCAUCAAGAUCCCGAAUAUCGACAAAUUGCAAUCAGAGAAAUGAAGCAACUUGUAGAACAAGUCACUCGUUCCGUGUCAUAAAGUCGCCCUUGCCAAAUAUUACGUCAGAAAGCGAACAGUAUUUCUUGCAUAUAUGUUAAAGUUGAUAAUUAAAUUAAUCAUUUAAUACUAUAUUUUGAAAACCUAAUAGACUACAUUUAAGAACCCGAACCCG